CGAGAGCUCCAGGCCGAAGAUGAGGAGCGCGGUGUCGGUGCGGGAGGGACAGGGGGUCGUGCUGCUCUGCGGACCAGCCCCCCGGGCAGGAGAAUUGUCCUUUGCUUGGAUCUUCAACGAGUAUCCCUCGUUUGUCCAAGAGGACAGCCGGCGGUUUGUGUCCCAGGAGACGGGGCACCUCUACAUAGCCAAGGUGGAGCCGUCGGACGUGGGCAAUUACACGUGUGUGGUGACCAGCUCCGUGACCAACAGCCAGGUCCUGGGCUCGCCCACCCCCCUGGUGCUGCGCACGGACGGUGUGAUGGGAGAAUAUGAACCCAAAAUAGAAGUUCAGUUUCCUGAGACCCUUCCUGCAGCUAAAGGCUCAACUGUGAGGCUGGAAUGCUUUGCACUAGGAAACCCUGUGCCUCAGAUUAACUGGAGAAGAACUGAUGGUCUGCCCUUUCCAAGCAAAAUAAAGCUGAGGAAAUCCAAUGGCAUGAUUGAAAUCCCUAAUUUCCAGCAGGAGGAUGCAGGACUAUAUGAAUGUAUAACUGAAAACUCAAGGGGAAAAAACAUUGCAAGAGGACGCCUCACUUACUAUGCAAAGCCUCACUGGAUCCAGACCAUAAAGGAUGUUGAAGCUGCUGUAGAGGACACCUUAUAUUGGGAUUGCAGAGCAAGUGGGAAACCCAAACCAUCAUACAGGUGGCUGAAGAAUGGAGACCAACUGUCAGUAGAGGGAAGGAUCCAAAUUGAAAAUGGUGCACUUACAAUAUCAAAUCUAAAUCUGACAGAUUCUGGCAGAUACCAGUGCAUAGCUGAAAAUAAACAUGGUGUCAUCUACUCGAGUGCAGACCUCAGGGUUGUAGCUUCUGCUCCAGACUUUUCCAAGAAUCCGAUGAAGAAACUGAUCCAGGUUCAAAUAGGCAGCACAGUUGACUUUGAAUGCAAACCCAAAGCUUCCCCUAAGGCCAAAUGUUCCUGGAAGAAGGGAGGUGAGCAGCUACACGAAAAUGAAAGAAUCGUGCUGUUAAAGGAUGGAGGACUAAGAAUAGCCAAUGUGACCAAAGUGGAUGCUGGAACCUACACGUGCCUGGCAGCAAACCAGUUUGGAACAGCCAGUGGCUCAACAAACUUAAUAGUUACUGAGCCAACCAGGAUCACCUUGGCACCUUCCAACAUGGAUGUCACCGUUGGGGAGAGCGUGGUGCUGCCGUGCCAGGUUCAGCACGAUCCCAUCCUGGACAUCACCUUCACCUGGUACUUCAAUGGAACCCUCACUGACUUCAAGAGAGAUGCUUCCCACUUUGAGAAGGUUGGAGGGAGUGCAUCAGGGGAUUUAAUGAUUAGAAACAUCCAGCUGAAACACAGUGGGAAGUAUGUUUGUAUGGUGAAGACAGAGGUGGACAGUGUGGCAUCUGCAGCCGACCUGAUUGUCCGAGGCUCACCUGGGCCCCCUGAACACGUGAGAGUGGAUGAAAUAACUGAUACCACAGCUCAGAUCUCCUGGCAGGAAGGGACGGAUAAUCACAGCCCAGUGACCACCUACACCAUCCAGGCCAGGACACCCUUCUCAGUGGGAUGGCAGAGAGCCACAACAGUUCCAGAUGUGAUCGACGGGAAAACGUUCACAACCACAGUGGUGGAUUUAAAUCCUUGGGUUGAAUAUGAAUUCCGUGUAGUUGCCACUAACAAAAUAGGAGGUGGAGAACCUAGUUUGCCCUCAGAAAAAGUAAGAACUGAAGAGGCAGUUCCCGAAAUUCCCCCCUCUGAGGUCAGUGGGGGAGGAGGCAGCAGGUCUGAGCUGGUCAUAACGUGGGAUCCCAUCCCUGAGGAAUUACAGAACGGAGAAGGCUUUGGCUACGUCGUUGCUUUCCGCCCCUCUGGCACCACAACGUGGAUACAGACUGUGGUCACCUCCCCUGACACCCCAAAAUACGUGUUCAGGAAUGAAAGCAUCUUGCCCUUUUCACCCUAUGAAGUCAAAGUUGGUGUCUAUAACAAUAAAGGAGAAGGGCCCUUCAGUUCAGUCACCACGGUUUUUUCAGCUGAAGAAGAGCCCAGCACAGCCCCCUCUGGAGUGUCUGCCACCAGCCUGUCCUCCUCGGCCAUCGAGGUCUCCUGGGCACCCAUUCCCUGGAAGAUGAGCAAUGGGAGGUUAUUGGGCUAUGAGGUUAGGUACUGGAAUAAUGGUCAGAAAGAAGAAUCUUCAAACAGAGUAAAAGCUGCAGGGAAUGAAACAUCAAUAAGAAUCACGGGUUUGAGGAGCAACUUGGCUUAUUACUCAGCUGUCCGUGCCUACAACAGUGCUGGGGCUGGGCCCUUCAGUGCCACUGUGAAUGCCACCACUAAAAAGCCACCACCCAGUCAACCUCCAGGAAACGUCGUGUGGAAUGUCACUGACUCCAGAGUUAUCCUGAGCUGGGAGGAGGUGACAGCUCUGGGGAACGAGUCCGAGGUGACUGGGUAUAAGGUCAGUGAAAACAGAGCUGAAAGCAAUCCAAAGUUGGCUUUUUCUUGCCUAUUUGCAUGUUCAGAGGAUGCACAAUGUCACAGCCUUCUUACAGAUUUUAAUCACAUUCUAACAAUGUCUCAUAACCACAGUCCUUUUUACCACUAAUUAAUUACCAUUAAUGUACACUAAUGCCUUCUCCUCGUGCCUUCUCUUGGGAUCCCACUUACCACACGUGUAACACUUGGAUCUUAGAACCUGCAGAACACUUAUCACAUCUAUAAAACUUAUUAAAAAUAUGUAACACCUAAAUAUAUAACACUUCAGAAGAAACUAUAUA